UUAACGACAAAAAGCUGCCUUCUACACCACAAGUUACCGUUCAAACACUAAAUGGGCGAAGCCAGGUUACUAUCAUUAACGCUACCAAGGAUCUUUCAGGGAGUUAUAGUUGCGAAGCGCACAACAAGCGUGGGGCAACACGUGUUUAUGAACCAUGUCGAGUGAGCGUCAGAGUGCCAGGAGAGAUGUGUAAACCACCGCUSUUCAACGCAGCAGCUUUAUCCAAAGACGAUUGCCGCAAGUGUUUUUGUAUGGGAUUGACGAGCGAUUGUCAAAGCUCGAAGCURUUUAAAGCACAAAUUAAAACCACGUUUACAAAUGAUGUUGGCUUUGCUGGAUUUCGACUCGUGGACRAGGAUGGUAACGAAGUAGACGCGAAUUUUUCACGARUAGAACCCGAUGCUUUGACUGUUGAAAAUGUAACUGGUGAUACAAAUCUGUACUGGAAACUGCCUGCAAGGUACCUUGGAAAGAAGAUGGUAAGCUAUGGUGGUGCCCUACAGUUUUAUCUCAGAUAUUCAAGUCCUUCGACGCUUGGUAAAAUUGCUGUGAUUCAGCGCAUCGAGAGRCAAGUUGAUAGCCAGUCAAAGGAUGUUAUCCUUGAGGGCGGUGGAUUGAUGCUGACAUAUCAUCAUAUUGUUCCACCAAAACCUAACGACUACACUUUUCUUGUSACRCCAAUUGUAGAGGAAGUAUGGCAGACAAGUGAUGGUAGACGUGCUUCCCGGGCUGAUUUGAUGAGAGUUUUGUCAAAUGUUACAAGCAUUCUCAUCCGCGUUGGUCUUAAAGUUAUCGACCAGCACAAAACCAUAAGCAUUAAGGACGUCUCUCUCGACCAAGCUGUAACCAACGACGAAGGACUGGGAAGAAGUAGCCUUGUGGAGCAAUGCCGCUGUCCAGAAGGCUACCGAGGCAUCUCUUGCGAGUACUGUGCUGAAGGAUAUAUUCGUGAUCCCAAAGCUAAAUCAUUCCCAGUUCGCUGUGUCAAGUGUUCUUGUAAUGGUCAUUCUGAUAGAUGUGACCCUAAAGAUGGCACAUGUUUUGAUUGUCAACACAAUACAACUGGAGCACACUGCGAUAAGUGCUUACCUGGUUUCUAUGGCAAUGCCACUAAAGGUACUACCAAGGACUGCCUACCGUGCCCAUGCCCCCACGACCAGCCACCAAGCAGAUUCAGUCCUACGUGCGUUUUGGCUGAAGAUGGAAAACCGACAUGCGACRCAUGUCAACCUGAGUACACUGGACGAAACUGCGAAAGGUGCACUGCAAAUUACACAGGAAACCCACUAGAAGGAAAGCCGUGUUUACCAAAAGGUCCAGAGUCAUGUGAUCCUCGUGGUAGUCAUUCUAAUCAACCAGAUCAAAUCACGAGGAAAUGCCGCUGUAAGGCUUACGUGGUGGGUGAAACAUGUAAUGCUUGUCUGUCACAUUUCUUUGGUCUUGGUUUGGAUCCCUACGGGGGUUGCCUGAGGUGCUUUUGUAACGGAAUUACAGACACCUGUGAGAGCUCGUCGCUGAACAAGUCGAGGGUUGUUAUGAACUUUACAAGCUCUGAUUCACAAGGUGUUGUCAUCACAAAUCGUAAAGAACGAAUACAACUAAAGGAAUUCUCCUACAACACGACUACUAAAGAAUUGGUCCACAAACUUAACAGGGACGARCCUUUAUUUUGGAGUUUACCAGACAUAUUUCUUGGAAACAAGGUUACGUCGUAUGGUGGGUUGCUGUCCUUUUUCGUUUCUUAUGAUUCAAGUCAACAUGGGAAAAAGCUGGUUGUCUAUUUCAAGGGUAAUAACAGAACACUGAAGAAUAAUCAAAGAAUAAAUUUGUCACGGAACGGACAACGUAAUGAAAUGAUGGUUGUUAUYAGAGAGGGUAUCUGGCAAACACCUGAUGACCAAAUCGCGUCACGUGAUGAUCUAAUGGUUGUGCUAGCGUCUCUGGACUCUAUACUAAUACAAGCAUCCCAUCAUGGUGUUUCACGGACAAGUCUCGGUGAAGUAUCUCUAGACGUCGCUUUGAAUCAGCCAACAGGCAUGUCGCGUGCCGUACGGGUUGAGAAGUGCGCAUGCCCCAAGGGGUACUCUGGACUUUCGUGCGAAGCGUGUAGCAGUGGGUACUAUCGAUCAAAUAGAGAGAGAUUGAUCGGAACCUGUUCAAAAUGYUUCUGCAAUGGUCAUUCUGAAGACUGCGACCCUAACACUGGAAUAUGCCAGAACUGCUUGCAUAACACGUUUGGUGAUCACUGCGAAAAGUGCAAACCUGGUUUCUUUGGAGACGCAAGCGUUGGAACUCCUUUGGAUUGCCGUCAGUGCGCAUGCCCAAAGAUAAACCCACCAAACAGGUUCAGUAAAACAUGUUUCUUGGAUCAAGAUGGCUACCACACUUGUGACGCAUGCCCAGUAGGUUACACAGGUCGUCGAUGCGAAAGAUGUACAAAGCCAUUUGUUGGGAACCCAACUGUGGUUGGAGAUUACUGCAAAUUUGAGGAAGAUUGUGGAUGCGAUCCUCGUGGCAGUGUUAACAAUACAUGUGAUCCGUUCACCCGACAAUGCCUCUGUAAGGCAAAUGUUGAAGGUAAAAGGUGCAACAAAUGUAAAGCAUUUUACUUUAGUCUCGAAUCAAGCAACCCCGAUGGCUGUAUGCCAUGYUUYUGUUUCGGUGUGACGUCACAGUGUAAAUGCGCCCGAGGAUACCGCGACAAGGUUUCAUUGGCUUACACAGAAGAUUACAGUGGGGUCCGAGGGGCAGUUCGGUUGGGCGAUAGACUGGGACUUACCGUUAUAAAUACUGGUAUCUUAUUGGUUAAUGAACCUCCUCAUUAUGUGUAUAACCGGUUUGACCGGUUACCCAGGAAAACUUUCUACUGGUAUCUACCUGAGCAAUUUCUAGGCGAUAAAAUAAGUGCUUAUGGUGGAUACUUAAAGUUCGUCUUAUCACAUGACAUGUUACUCGGUGGUCAAGUAACUUCAGAAUCUGACGUUGAAAUAAGGGGACAUGGUCUUGUUCUAUUUCACAAGAUGAGUUCUCCKCCCGUCAGUGGGGUUGAAACUCCUUACAAAUUAAGGAUUGUCGAGUCGUCGUUUACAUUUGAAAAGGGACAAAUUGCAUCACGUGAGGACUUCAUCAUCGCUUUGUCUUCAGUUGAGAGUAUCCUUAUAAGGGCAACGUAUAGUACUGCCACAUAUCAGACAAGUCUCUACGCGGUUUCUAUGGACGUUGUAUCUGCUCAUGGUAGUUCUGUAGAAGAAGUCAAUUCAGUCGAGCAGUGUGUAUGCCCUUCGCCGUACACUGGUUUGUCAUGCCAGAAAUGCGCACGAGGGUACACUCGUCUGAAACCCGGCCCAGGCUUCUCUCGUUGUGUUCGUUGCAGGUGUAAUCGACAUAGUUUAGAAUGUGACCCUGACACUGGGAAAUGUCUGAACUGCCAACAUAACACUGCUGGCGAUCAUUGUGAAUUAUGUGCUGUGGGUUACUAUGGAGAUGCUACACAGGGAACCCGAGUAGACUGCAAAUUAUGCUCAUGUCCGUUAGCAAUWCCAACCAAUCAGUUCAGUAGCACGUGUCGUGUUGACAUUGACGGUUAUCCAACUUGUACAUCAUGUCAAACAGGCUACAUAGGGCGAGAUUGUGGAAGGUGAGUAGCUCAAAACUUCGUUAUCUUGAAACAAAGACUCUUUUAUACAACGCGGAGCCAGGCUCAAUGUGCAUUAAAUUCAGCCCAUAUUUUUCAAUAUUACACAUAUGUCAGCACCAUUUAUUA